AUGGACAAGAUCCCUGGACUCAUCUGUGACCGUUUCCCAAUGGAGGCUGAGCCAAAGUGCUGGAAAAGCCAACUUAUCGGUGGGCUAUGUGGCCACGGCAAGUUCGUCCCGCCUCCCCCAGAUGUCCGCUUGUCCGAUCCGCUGGUCAGUGCAACGCCAGAUGGCCGUCUGACUUCAACUGGCGACAUCUACCCAGACCGUUGGCCGAUGGGUGACACAGUGAUCCUAUGGGCAUUUGGACUACCAUUCAGGGCCGUCUACUCCGACUAUUACCUCGGCACGUCUAUGUAG